UCUCUCUCACUCUCACACUGCCUCCUGCAGCUAAACUUGCGGUCUCGAUCAUGCUUCCUGGCUUCACUCACAUGCUCAGAGAAAGAAGAAGAGUCUUAGCCGCAUGAAGAAGCUCUGUCUAUUUUAAACCACACCGGAUUGUACUAAGGAUAUUUGUAUAUCUCUCGCGACGCGUGAGAGAUUGUAUGUACAAUCUAUAGCCAAGGCAGAACUUGAGUUGCUUUGUUUUACCUUUUAUUUUUAGGAUUUUUUCCCAUAUAACUGUAGGUGGCCGUGUGUGAGACAGAGCGAGAGAGAGUGUUUCUUUGAGUGAGUCUGCAUGUGUGUGUGAGAGAGAAAUAGGACCAGGAUGAUUGCGGCCCAGCUACUAGCCUAUUACUUCACUGAACUCAAGGAUGAUCAGGUUAAAAAGAUCGAUAAGUACCUGUACUCCAUGCGUUUCUCUGAUGAGACGUUAAAGGAAAUCACGCAGCGGUUUCGGAGGGAGCUGGUCAAAGGACUGGGCCGGGACACCAAUCCCACUGCCGUGUUGAAAAUGCUGCCAACCUUUGUGCAGUCAAUCCCUGAUGGCUCAGAGAAGGGAGACUUCAUUGCGUUGGAUUUGGGUGGCAGUAACUUCAGGAUCCUCCGCGUCAGAGUGAGUCAUGAGAAGAAACAAACUGUUCAGAUGGAGAGUCAGAUCUAUGACACACCAGAAGACAUCAUUCACGGCAGCGGAACAAGACUGUUCGACCAUGUUGCAGAGUGUCUCGGUGACUUCAUGGAAAAACACAAGAUCAAAGACAAGAAACUCCCGGUUGGGUUAACCUUCUCCUUCCCCUGCCAGCAGACUAAACUAGAUGAGGGCAUUCUGAUCACAUGGUCAAAGCGUUUCAAGGCCAGCGGAGUGGAGGGAAUGGAUGUUGUCAAACUGCUCAACAAAGCUAUUAAGAAGCGAGGAGACUAUGAAGCUGACAUCAUGGCAGUAGUGAACGACACUGUGGGAACAAUGAUGACCUGUGGUUUCGAUGACCAGCGCUGUGAAGUUGGCAUUAUCAUCGGUACGGGUACCAAUGCGUGCUACAUGGAGGAGCUGCGUCACAUUGACCUGGUGGAGGGAGACGAGGGAAGGAUGUGUGUGAACACUGAGUGGGGAGCCUUCGGAGACGACGGCAGGCUGGAGGACAUCAGGACAGAGUUUGACAGAGAGAUAGACCGAGGCUCUCUCAACCCCGGCCAACAGCUAUUUGAAAAGAUGGUCAGUGGCAUGUACAUGGGGGAGCUGGUUCGUCUCAUCCUGGUGAAGAUGGCCAGAGAAGGCAUGCUGUUCGAGGGAAAGAUCACCCCCGAGCUUCUUACUAAGGGGAAGUUUGAGACCAAACACAUCUCAGCCAUAGAGAAGAGUAAGGAGGGGUUGAACAAGGCCAGAGAGACUUUAAUCAGACUUGGAGUGGAGCCCUCAAACGACGACUGCAUCGCUGUGCAGCAUGUUUGUGCCAUUGUGUCUUUCCGCUCUGCCAACCUGAUAUCUGCCGUGCUGGCAGGCAUCCUGCUGAGGCUAAAGGAGAACAAAAGCGUGGCACGUCUCCGAACCACUGUGGGGAUCGAUGGCUCGCUAUACAAGAUGCACCCACAAUAUGCACGUCGUCUUCAUAAGACAGUCCGUCGUUUAGUACCAGACGCUGAUAUUCGAUUCCUCCUGUCAGAGAGCGGCAGUGCAAAAGGAGCAGCGAUGGUGACAGCUGUGGCCUCCCGACUCGCUGAACACUCACGAGAAAUUGCCCAAACGUUGUCCGAAUUCCGCCUAACGAUUGAACAACUGCUGGAGGUAAAGAAGAGAAUGAGGAUAGAGAUCCAAAAUGGCCUUUCAAAGAGCACUCAGGAAGCAGCUACUGUCAAAAUGCUGCCAACUUUUGUACACAGCACUCCUGAUGGCUCAGAACAUGGCGAUUUCCUGGCUUUGGAUUUGGGAGGAACCAACUUCAGGGUUCUUUUAGUCAAGAUUCGCUCUGGCAAGAGGAGAACAGUGGAGAUGCACAACAAGAUCUACUCAAUUCCUCAAGAAGUGAUGCAGGGCACAGGAGAGGAGUUGUUUGAUCACAUUGUGCAGUGCAUAAGUGACUUCCUGGACUACAUGGGAAUGAAGAACACUCGUCUUCCUCUGGGCUUCACCUUCUCGUUCCCCUGCCGACAGACCAGCCUGGAUGCUGGCAUCCUGGUGACAUGGACCAAGGGCUUCAAGGCGACAGACUGUGAAGGAGAAGAUGUGGUUGGUCUGUUGAGGGAGGCCAUCAAGAGGAGAGAGGAAUUUGACCUGGAUGUUGUGGCCAUAGUGAAUGACACAGUGGGAACCAUGAUUACCUGUGCCUACGAAGAACCCACCUGUGAGAUUGGACUCAUUGCUGGCACUGGCAGCAAUGCAUGUUACAUGGAGGAGAUGAGGAACAUUGAGAUGAUAGAUGGAGAUGAGGGCCAGAUGUGUGUCAACAUGGAGUGGGGGGCUUUCGGAGACAACGGAUGUCUUGACGACAUUAGGACCGAGUAUGAUCGCGCUGUGGAUGACUUCUCCCUCAAUUCUGGCAAACAAAGAUAUGAGAAAAUGUGCAGCGGCAUGUAUCUUGGUGAAAUUGUGCGAAACAUCCUAAUAGAUAUGACCAAACGGGGAUUCCUGUUCAGAGGACAGAUUUCUGAAACACUGAAGACCAGAGGCAUCUUCGAGACAAAGUUCCUCUCACAUAUAGAGAGUGACAGAUUGGCUUUACUGCAAGUGAGAUCCAUCCUGCAACACUUAGGGCUGGACAGCACCUGUGAGGACAGUAUCAUAGUUAAAGAGGUAUGUGGGGCAGUGUCACGUCGUGCAGCUCAGCUGUGUGGGGCAGGAAUGGCGGCUGUGGUCGAUAAGAUCAGAGAGAACCGAGGACUGGACCAUCUGAACAUCACUGUAGGGGUGGACGGGACACUCUACAAACUACAUCCACAUUUCUCUAAGUUCAUGCACCAGACAGUAAAGGAACUGGCUCCUCAGUGUAACGUCAACUUCCUGCUGUCAGAGGACGGCAGUGGGAAAGGGGCCGCCCUCAUCACAGCGGUGGGCUGCCGCCUGAGACAGGAGCUAAACAAUAAAUAGAAAAUAUCUCUUCUGUCUUGCUGUUAUCUCCCCACUUUUCUGAGUUUCCCUUGCCUCCUCCCCUUGUCUCCUCCCCUCCAACCUGUCCUGUCAACGUAUAACGCUCCUCUAGCUGCUUUAGCCCGUCUACAUGAUCCAGAGAGAAGAAGAUCGCUUUCUCUGCUGUGUUAGGUAGCAGAGUCUGGCACUAUGUUGUAGUUAGAUUAUCUUAUAAUAACCCAUGUAACAAUACCCAGACUCUAAAGAUUGUUUGUAGUUAGGUUAAACUUAUCUCUAUAGAUAAGACACACGUUCCACACAUGAGAAUGUUUAUCAUCGUCAUACGGAGGAGUCCUCUGAUAAUUGCAGUCUGUUACAAUGUACCAAGUACAAUAGUUGAAAGACAAUUUCCAAAAGCUUUGCAGUGAAAUAUUUUCCUUGCAACAUGUUCAGUAAAUGCAGGGACAUAAAAACACAGCUUUAGAUACUGACUGUCUUUACAUUAAGAUGUAAAAGGGAUACGCGGUUAAAUAUGAAUGUGUAAUGAGAUGAAAGGGAAUAUUUUUGCUUUAAAAUGUGUAAUAUCUUACCCAGAUAUGAUACAAUAUGCUAUACAUAGAUUGUUGCUAUUUAUUUUAUUUUUGUAUUGGGCGAUGUUGAAAAAUAUUGCUGUUGCAAUAAUGAGGCUCACAGUGGAAGCCAUCUUUUAAAGCCCCAACAGCCAUCACCUGUUCUGUAGUGAAGGAUUUAUUAAACCACGUCAGGGCAGACAGGUGACAAGAGGGACAUCAGCCGUCACAUGCUUGCUAAAUGUACAGAUUUGGACAAAAUUAUGACAGCAAUCCUAUAAUCUAAUGCGCACUUGUAUACUAAGUAGAAAUCAUGUUGUUGGUUCUAUCACAACUAUUGAUAAGUUGUUGUUGUCGUCGUCUUAAGAUGUUCUGGGUACCCUCAUCACAGUGAGACUUACAAGUUACUUAGCAACAGCCAUCAUACAGGAAUGUGGUGCUAACAUAGAUGCCAUUGGAACAACAAAGACUGAACUUGGAAUAAGAAUAAUAUUACAGUAGCUGAAACUACUAUUAAGGGGAAUUUAAAGAUUUUUGGAAAUAAAGCAUUUUUUCAUUGUAGAGGUUGACCUUUUUAAUUAUUGUGAUGUGAGAUGCUACAUUUUACAGCCAUAUUUGUUAACCACAGUUACAUUCUGGCUUUUGACAUAUUAAUACCAGUCCAAAACUAUUACAGUAGAAAUAUAUAUUAAUUUCCAUUCCUACGUACUACUCAUUACUGCCAUGAGGAAGAGGGCUAGCCUCUACUGCAGGUCCUGAACUACUCUGCCUUCAGAUGUUCUCCAAAGUAGUAUACAUGUCUAAAAGACAGCCCCACAUCACACAGACACUUUAAACUCUGCUUCUGUUCACAAAACCCAGACUGUAUCUGUCCAACACUGUCAAUCAAUCAGUCACUUAAUAAAGACAAACCUGUGUCAAUCCA